UGAUAGUGGUGGUGGUGGUCGGAGAUAGAAGAAAGAAAAUAUCGAUCGACUUAAAUAUCUUACGACUAUACUGCAAGAGGGAAGAACUAUGGAAGAUAGAGAAGAGAAAUAGUCAAGCUAGCUACUCGUUGGUUCACGUCUAUCUUUAAAAAACCAUGCAAGUUGUUCUAAAACAAUCAGCGGAGAAACGCGUUUAGGCUUAUGAAAGGUCAACACAAGCCUUGCAAAGUUGCAUAUAUAUAUAUAAAGAGAAGUGAGUACAAAUACUUUAAAUUAAUCAAUUUUCAAUUCGUCAUUCUCCAAUUGCGAGUCACAGUAUGAUGAGCAUUCAUGGCAGUCUUCUUGAAGUCACGGUUGUUAGCUGCAGUAAACUGAAAGAUACGGAAUGGUUAUCUAGGCAAGAUCCUUAUGUCUGUGUCGAAUAUGGUAGCAAUAGAUCUACCACGCGUACCUGUACAGAUGGAGGCAAGAACCCUACAUUCCAAGAGAAAUUUGUGUAUUCCCUAGUUGAGGGCCUAAGAGAGAUCAACGUUGCCGUUUGGAAUAGUAAUACUGUCACACAUGAUGAUUACAUAGGUAGCGUAAGGAUUCCAUUGACAAAGGCUCUUUCUCAUGGAUUUGAUGAUAGUACCUGGCCAUUACAAAGUAAAACUGGCAGGCAUGCUGGAGAGGUUCGAUUGAUAAUGCAUUAUUCCAAUGGCAAUAAACCAUCUAAAAGUUUAGCUCCAUCGUAUGCUCCACAUAACGCACCUCCGGUUCCUACGUACUCUGCUCCACCACCAGCUGCAUAUUAUCCUCCAACUCCCUACCCAUCCUACGCACCUAAUUCAGGUGGCUAUCCACCGGCUCCAUAUCCACCUCAGGCAACUACUUAUCCUCCGACGCCUUAUCCACCUAAUCCAGCUUAUGGAUCCCAUUAUCCCCAUGGUUCUCCAUUUCCAGGGACUUAUCCUCCACCACCAUAUUGAGGUCGAGUUGUUAUUGAGAAACUCAUAUAUGCAACAAAGGAUCAUCAUAUAUAAAAUCUUUGAGUGAUGGUAUAUAAACUAUAUAUAAAUAUCAUAAUAUCAUGUGAUGUUUUAUAUAAACAUUUCAUCUUAACUCAAUGUAUAGCAUCACUCAACCUCUUUUGAUAAUAAUCAAGUUAUAAUUAUAUUAAGGUGUUUGAUGGUAUAUUUUCCUACCAUUAGCGUGCCCUUUUGUCUACUGUUGUAUAAUUCAAUUAUUUUUGUAUAAUAAGUGACGAUAAACGUUGGUUUAAUUCUUUUUCUAACACGUUGGAAAAGUUCCUGUAUUACCAAAUAUGGAUUGUAAUAUUUGUUCUUUGGCCCGUUUCUUUACGAGGAUAAAGUAUCUAAUUUAUUUGAAAAA